GUCUGAACUUUUCGAGGAAGUGCCGCGGCUGUACUCUGUAGUCGCAAAUUUCAGAUCAUGACGUUUUGUUUAGUCGUCUGGUACCUGUACAGCUAGCUCAACGCACACCGUACCUGCGUACUAAAGAUCCCGGGUCAAAACUACUUGUGUCACCACCAUGGCGGCCGACGAAGGACCUAUCAUCAUGACGGACAAGACCCUUGGAGAUGUGGAUCCAGAACUUGGUCUUACAAAUAGUGUACCUCCUCCCCCUGACUAUGGCACGAGUGUGAAUCCUGCUGAUCCUUCCAUUGAAGCUCCACCCCCAGCUUACGAUGAAAUUGCGCAAGAUGCCCCACCUUCUUACCAGGCCAUUUUUGGCAAGAUGCAAGAUGCCAAGAAUACAUCCUCCACUCCGGUGCACUUUCUAGUCAAAGUCAUCAGCAUCUUACUCAACACAAUUGUUGUCACGGUUGUCCUGGGUGUAAUGCUGGCUGUUCCUAUCGCUAUGAUUGUAGUUGGUGCCAUAUACAUAAAUGAUUGUCCCGUUGAGCCUAAGAUCCCCAUCUAUUUGGUAGUGACUGGAUCCUUCUACAUCCUGAAAUCAGCCAUUGAUCUGAUCGUCAGGUGCAAGAGGAGACAAGACCAAGACACUGAAGGCAAUAAUGAGGAAGAACCGGAGAACAGAAAAGAAAACACUUUCAGUCGUCUCAUAGGAUGCUUCCUCUUUGCAUUCUUUAUUGCUGGUAACGUGUGGGUGUACAGAAACUAUCCACCGAGUGACAACAUCCUCGACGCUAAUUACUGCUUUGGUCCGUUGUACUACUUUGCCUUUUGGAUCAUAACAAGUUGCUACAUCCUGGUUGCAUUAGCAUGCUGCUGUGUCUGCUGUGCUGCAGGUGCAACUGCUGCUGUUAGUGAGUGAAAAACUGAAGCAAGUUUGGAGAAAUCACUCUUCAAACUGUUGUUUCCGAUCUGAUAAAGCUGCUAAGCAGACAAAGAUGCUUACUGGUUACCAACUGAUUAUCUAUCAACAUGUCAUGGGAUAUCAUAGAGUUAUAUUUAAAAUCUAGAGAGCGCUUUCCCUGUACGCGCAUGUGCCGACAUGGACGCGUAACUGCCAUAUUUUAGGUGGAACAAUGGAAGACAUUUGAAUAGUUUUCUAAUAAAGCGCAUGCGUGCGUACGUAUGACGUACGUACACCUUGCAUUCAGAGACUGAGUGCACUUGCGCAGUUUGUUUACUUUGACUGAGCUGAUGACGUUUCCAAGCCGUUGCUAAGCCAGGCAGGGCUUAUGACCAAUCCUGAUUGGUCCACCUAAGGUAUGGUGGCAGCAGGUUCAUGUCGGCAUGUCCGCGUGUGUGCGUUGUGUACGGAGUGCGCUCUCUAGUUUUUGAAAUAUAACUCUUAUGUGGGAUUUAUAUCAGUCAGUUGUGACAGGCACCCUACUCAAUUUUAUGUAGCAGAAUAAGUUACUAUGUAUGAUUUUCUGUUAAGUAGCUCCAAUAUCUAGGUUGACGUCUGACUUUCAAAUUAAAUUUUCUUCAAUUGUUUUAUGUUUUUAUAUGAAGGGUAUGAAUCGGGAGAUUGGUUUUCACUCAGAUACAUGACAUUUAUUGUCAUCAAUGGCAGACUACUUAUGGAAAGUAGAUUGGCUAUCACCGUUACCUAUUUGUCCACGGGAUCUGUUUAAGGCUAAAUAACACUAGUAGUUUGUUCUUUUUCACAGUGUGCAUAGUACCCAAUAAUGUACAGGUUAACAGAUGGGAAGCAAGUUCAGUUAAAUUUUCAUUAGUGCAAUGUCGCCUUGAAUUAUGUGAUUCAGCUUUCAUAUUAUUGUUAAGUGGUCUUCAGUCUUUAAAAGAAAAAAAGAAGAAGAGUUUUUGGAGCAAAUUAUGUUUAAAGCUUGCCUGCUAAUGUCUCAUAAACACCCUUAUUCACUUCACCAGAUUUGCUCUUUGUAUAUUGCAAAAGUACAUGUGUAAAUAUUUUUUUUACAACUCUCUGAAUGAUUGAAGUCAUGCAUUCGCAGUACUUGAUCAGCUGUAAAAUUGCUAGAAAAAGGUGAUUUUAGUAGACCCUGCUAAAGACUGGCUAAAAAAGGUUUCAAAAGAAUGUACCCAUUUACUCUGUCAUAUCUCGUGCACUGGAUACUCUGUAAAUUUGGUACUAUAGGGAUUCUUUUACCAAAAAAUAAUUUCUUCUGUGAAGAAAAAAAUGUUUAAUCUUCUGUGAAAAUCCAGUGAAUACAGCAUCCCAAUUUCAAAAAUGAAAAUAGGUUUUAGUUGUGGUGACCAUAAGGUUAAAGCCUGAAUAUUUAUACGAAUAAGUUUUAAGCCAACAGAUUCAAUUGUAUUGAACUUUUACAGAAGAUUCACAAAUAAUUUAUGUAAUUCAAUAAAAUUGAACAUCCUUUCUUUUACGAAAUCUGACUUGUAGCAGAGAGACACAAAUUUUUCUGCAGUUUCAGUUAAAAUCGGGCAUAUGUCAUGAAUAUUUCAGUACUGCAUUGUAUGUUUGUUUGGUGUAAUUAUUGGAAUUCUAGAUAGACUUAAAUUCAACUGAUAGUUCUCUUGCUGUUUUUCCGAAUCAUUGCUACAAUUUCUAGAUGACUUUUCUCAUGAAAUAUGUAAAACAGGUGCACGUACCAGUUUAACCCGUAGCUUAAACGGCUUAAAAGAAUAGUUUCAUUUUAUCUCAUUUGCUCAAUCUUUAUGUAUUGUCCCAUGUGACCUUAUUUUUGUUUUGCUCACAUGGGGUAAUACACAAUCUCUAAGUUGCUUCCUUUACGCCAUUAAUUUGCAGCCACAUUACUGUUUGCUUUCUAUGUUUUGUGCUUGAAAAUUGGAAUUGCUGUAAGUUGGUGAAGGAAUGGAUGCAAGAAAACGGUAAAGGUUGUUCCCUGUUUAAGUCAUAAUUGAAUGUACAUGGUUUUAAAUCACACUAGUGGGUGAUAGUUUACUUUCCUGUUGUUGCUUGUAUAUUAAGUAAUUGUUUGUUGUUUGUAUAUUUUAUGGGAUAAGCAAAAAAAAAUCAAUCAAAUAAAAUUAAUCUAGUCAUAUCUUUAUCUUUUCAAUGUACGAUUUUGUAAAACAACAUUUCAUACUUACAUGUUAAAUAUAUUUUGUAAUAGUCAAAAUGAUAUUAUUUUCAGUUAAUAUUUGACUUUCAAUUUUAAAUAAACCUCCCAAAAUUGAUACUUUUUGUUUAUGAACUACAACCAGGGAACAAUAUUAAGCAUUCUUUGAUCAAAGGCCAUUUAUAUAAAACACUAUUCAUUGCCUGGUAAUCUUGUUUGAGAAGAUGUGUAAUGUUCUAAAAAUUGAACCCGUUCAAACUGUUACUCAGUUUAUGAUUCAUUCAAAAAAGAAUGUAUAUAUCAUUGAGAAAAUGUGUGAAAUUUGUGUGUACAAACAAUGUUUGUAUAACUGUUAAAUAAGUGGAUUUUUUUAUUAAGAACUCAAAGAAAUGGUGUUUUUUUUAUUUGUUUCAAUGAUUUCUGAGAUCUGGACAAAUAAAAAUUGUGGCAAUAUAUUACAACUCCAA